UAAAUAUGAUAAUUUUACUUUUUCUGCUACAAUUUGUUCAUUCAAAGCAAUUUUCAGAAAUUAUCCUCCAUUGUAUAUAAAUGAUAGUAUUGAAACUAGAAUUUAUUUAUUUAUUAUUAUUAUUUUGAGGAUAUGUGCCAGAUAGUUGCCAGCAUGCAUUAUGAAACACAUGGAAUUAUUUAGAUAAUUUUAAGACACUUGAAUUUAGGUGAUACUCCCUUGCGAAAGAGAAGAAUAAACAGACACAUGUUCUUUGUUUGGCUUAGCUGUAGAGGUAGAAUAUAACUGAAGUUUUGGAUAUAUCCAUAUUAGAAAACCUUACAAAUAUCAGAGUUCCAACUUUCAACAAGAGCCCGAACAUGAAGGGCUGGUCCUUAACGUUGAUGCUGAUGCCACUGCAGUUAUUGAGGCUGGAGGAGGAUGAAUCUAACCAACGGCAAUUAGCAGUUGUGGCCCCCACCAUUGCUGCAGCUACUUCGCCCUUCGUUCUCCCUGAUGGUUGGAUUGUGGAGGAGGUACCCCGUAAGUGCGGGGGUUACACCGACAAGUAUUAUUAUGAACCAGGGACUGGACGGCAAUUCCGAUCCCUGAUUUCUGUUGAGAGAUACCUAGCAGAAGUGGAAGAUAAUGCACCUUUGUCCCAGGUGUUUGAAUUGUGCCAGGACAAUGCACCUCUAUCCCAGGUGCUUAAAUUGUGCAGUCGUGUUAAGAAUUUUGGUUCACGGAAGAAAAUUUCCAGAGAUAAGGUGAAGAUUUCAACAUCAGAUUCUGACAAGCCACCGGCUAAAAUCAAUUGGGUUCUUGCUGAUCAUGGAGGGUGUACAUGGAAUCCUUUCACAGGGGAAUCAAUGGUUCCAGAACCUGUAAAACAACAAUGGGCCAAUAGAUUUACGCUAUCCAUCAAUGAUGGAAAUUGUGCUGCACCAGAUUUUGAAUGGUGAAGGUACAGUUCGGAGUAAUGUUGCCAUAGAAUAUACAUCCUGAUAUGAUCACGAACAUAGUCUCUUUGUGGGAAUCUCCAAUGUGUUGAUUAAAAUCUUAAAAGCUCAUUGGACGUCUUCGAUGCAAUCUUUUUUGCAGUGAAAAUGAUUUGCGGCAGAUAAACUCUCAGGGGAAAUGCUAGAUCAAGGAAACUCAGCUCAAUUUUGUGGGAGGCUAGAUCACGGCUGAUGUAAAUUGGGUUGUGUUUUUUGACUUUGUACAGUCUUUAGUCGUAGUUGUUAACUUUGGUUAUCCCCUAACCACUCUAUAAAUUUUGUUGAUCUGCCACCCUCACUGGCCUUGUAAAGAAAGACUAUGUCAAUUUUCGAGGUUCAGCUGAGAUAGAGUUUCUAGUAAAAUGUUAAUUUAGUUUUGCUUUGGUUU